AUGUGAUUGGUUAAAUAAUGGCUUAUUUUUCUAAGGAUUCAAGUGGACUAGGCAGAGUAAUGUGGCUAGGACAGGGUCGUCUCGUGUCGGUCUGCAAGUCAGUUUAUCUAUCCUUGUGAAUCAUGUCUGGUCGUGGUAAAGGUGGUAAGGGUUUGGGCAAAGGAGGAGCCAAGAGACAUCGCAAGGUGUUGCGUGACAACAUCCAGGGUAUCACAAAGCCUGCAAUCCGUCGUCUGGCUCGUCGUGGUGGUGUGAAACGCAUUUCAGGAUUGAUCUACGAGGAGACUCGUGGUGUUCUGAAAGUGUUUCUGGAGAACGUGAUCCGUGAUGCAGUCACCUACACAGAGCACGCCAAGAGGAAGACAGUGACAGCUAUGGACGUGGUGUACGCUUUGAAACGCCAAGGUCGUACUUUGUACGGUUUCGGUGGUUAAUUCACUAGCAUGUGAACAAUUGGCGACCUGCAACUGGUCCACACGAGAACGUAUCACGGUCCUAUUUAGGACCACCACAUUGUGAUUUGUCUUUGUGUUUUAACUGUAUGGAUAGCCUAUUUGUUUUGGGUUUUGAACGAUGAGUGUUGUGCUACU